CCGCCCGACCACUCCUUGGUGGCACUGCCACCAAAGGCAAGGACGACUGAAGAUGAUAUACAACAUGAGGAGCUCCGGCGUGUCCGCCCCCACGCCUUUCGCUGCCGCCACCACGCCUACGCCGUCGCUCCGGCGACUGCUUGAGACCGUGGAGUGGACUGGCUUCGCUCCCGCGCCGAGCAGCCUCGAGAUUUGGGGCGCUGCUGUCCGUGCAGCGCCUCCGGCCCCGCCGGGCGAGCAGAAUCACGACUGGAAGCCGCAGGUUGGCGAGAGUUGCAACGACGAUUGCUUCUACGCCAACAACGGAGUUUGCAACGACGGGGCUGCCGGCUCGACCGACGCCCUGUGCGCGUGGGGCUCCGACUGCCGGGACUGCGGGCGCCGCGAAGGCGCAAAGCCUGCCUGCGACGAUCAAGCCACGGCCGAGGGCGAAGAGGCGCUGUGUGCCUAUGGAAGCGACUGGCUGGCCACGCCCCGGGUGACAUCGCCGCCACCGCCGUGGCCAUCACCCCCUCUGCUCGGACACCACCGGCACGCCACGGGCACCAUCAUCGGGGGCUCGACCGCCGCCUUCCUCGUCUGCCUCGGGCUCACGCUGUGCUGCUUCUACUGCCGCGAGGCUGUCGGGCGCGCGCAGCGCGUCCGCAAGUCGUCGCGCGCCUCUCAGAGCGGGAUCGAGGCGUCGGGCUCGUGGAUCGAGUACAUGGAGCGCACAUCGCUCGGCGGCGUGGCGACGCGGGCGGCAUCCAACCACUCCAUCAUCGUCGACAUGUCGCCCUCGAUCUCGGCGUCGCUCGAGCGGGCGCUGGCUUCCGACCGGGGUGAGGUGGCCAACGGAUCGCUCAACGCCGCGCGCCUCUCCGACGACAGCUCGACCGUCUCGGCUGGAAACGUCGCCGCGGCGCACCGGGCGAUGGCGGCGGUGGCGGCCCUGGGCGAGGCGGCCGCCGAGGCGGACGACCUUGAGCUGGGCGCAUCCGCCGCGGGGGAUCGCGGCUCUCCGUCCAGAGGCCGGCCCAGCUUUCGCACGGAGCUCUACGGCAGCGGCGAGGCGGCGAUGGAGGCGCGCUUUCUGCAGACGGAGCUCGAGGCGCUACUCGGGCGCAAGUGCUUCCUCGACAGCGACGACUUGCGCGACCUGCGGCUGCUGCAGCAGGCCGUGCGCGAGUCCGACUGCCUGAUCCUGGUCCAGUCCAAGAGCGUGCUCUUCCGGCCGUACUGCAUCCUCGAGAUGGUCACGGCGAUCGAGGCGCGCGUCCCCAUCGUGGGCGUCUCCCUCUCGGUCGCGGGCAUCGACAUGUACAACUUUAAUCUCGCCCCGGCCUUCCUCACGCACCUCGAGCGGACCCUCGAGCAAGCAAACCCGGGCGCCUCGUCCGUCUUGACUCGCGCCAACGUCGACCUGACUUACGCGGCGCGCCUGCUCGGCUCCACCGUGCCCGAGAUCAUCUCGAUCAGCUUCAACCCCUCCUCCUCGCGCAACAUGCUCGCGGCGAGCGUCGCUGACAUCGCCGCCGCGAUGGAGCACGCGAUGCCGUCGCGAGUGCCGACGCCCGAGGAGUGGGAACGCCACGCCGCCGUCGUGUCUGUGCCGUCCCUCGACUGGAUCAACGACGCGCAGGCGCAGCCGCCCCUCAGCCAGCCGCACACACGCGCACCGUCGCCGACGCCUACCGAGGUGAUGCGACGCACGUGGCUCCCCCCAUUCAAGAAGACGGGCGGCAGCACUUGGGCGCCGGCUAACGGCCGAAACUGAGAUGGGCGGGGCGGGUCAGACGUGAUGCCCUCUCUAGAGACACUCGACUGUCAACACACGUGCAACUAUUACUUGUUUAUGUCCACUAGAGCCUCUUUUUUUUACCAUACCUAGACACA